AUGGUUAAUUUGAAAUUUAGAAUUCAGUGUGAUUAUAUUCAUGACAGUGACGAACAUGAAAAUCCUAGCCCUAAUGUUAUUAGCAAUGGCCAACAUGAAACUUCUAAUUUUGGUACGGUGGUUAAAGGCAACCCUCCACCUCUAUCCCAGUAUCAACUUGGAUUACUAACUUACGUCACAAAUUAUACCGGUCUUCAAUUAUUCAUUAGUCCUUCACAUCCAAAUUCAUCUUUUUACAGUAAUGUAUCGUGUUGGCAAGAACCGAUGCUUAGAUGUUACCAAAAAAUAAAUCCACUAUUUCAAAAUAAGGACAUAUUAUGUUUAAGUGUGGUAAAUCCACAUGAUGAAGGAGUAAAGUUUAAUUUUUCAAUUAGUUUUACUUCUGGUGUUAGUGCAAUUUCUCCCACUCCAGCAAGUAACGCAAUUAGUACGACGAAUUUUCCCAAAAAGGCGGCUACACAUACUGUAUCACCAAAUUUUAUGGCUAGUGGUGGUGAUGGUAGUGGAGGAACGGGGAUAUGGUGGGUUUUAAUGGGUGUCGGAGUUGCCAGUUCGAUAUUUACGUUUUUGUUAUCCUAA